UACGCAGUUCCGGUCUGUCUUUCCGGCACAACAAAAAUGGCGUCCUCCACGAACGAAGAAAGCGUGAGUGAAACGCAGUCGGGGAAGAAGUCGAAAAAUAAUACAAACCAAGUGGAUGAAUCUCAACUCUUCACUGUUCCCGAUGGAUGGAAGGAGCCAGCAUUCACGAAGGAUGACAACCCCAAAGGUCUAUUGGAGGAGAGCAGUUUCGCCACUCUCUUUCCCAAAUACAGAGAGGCAUACCUGAAAGAAUGCUGGCCACUGGUCCAAAAAGCACUAGGCGAUUCACACAUCAAGGCCACCCUGGAUUUGAUCGAAGGCAGCAUCACGGUUUGCACCACCAAAAAGACCUUUGACCCAUAUGCCGUUGUAAGGGCACGGGACCUCAUCAAGCUGUUGGCCAGAAGUGUGCCAUUUGAGCAGGCAGUGCGUAUUUUGGAGGAUGACAUGGCGUGUGACAUCAUCAAAAUUGGCACGCUGGUCAGAAACAGAGAACGGUUCGUGAAGAGGAGGCAGAGACUCAUCGGACCUAAAGGAUCUACACUCAAGGCGUUGGAGCUGCUCACCAACUGCUAUGUCAUGGUGCAGGGGAACACUGUGUCAGCCCUGGGACCCUUCAACGGCCUCAAAGAGGUAAGGAAAGUGGUGUUGGAUACCAUGAAGAACAUCCACCCCAUCUACAACAUCAAGACGCUCAUGAUCAAGCGCGAGCUGUCCAAGGACCCCGAGCUGCGGCUGCAGAGCUGGGAGCGCUUCCUGCCCAACUUCCGCCACAAGAACCUGACCAAGCGCAAGGAGCCUAAGAAUAAGACGACAAAGAAGGAGUACACUCCUUUCCCCCCGCAGCAGCCUGACAGCCAGAUUGACAAGGAACUGGCAACGGGAGAGUUCUUCCUUCGAGAGAGCGUUAAGAAGAGGAAGAAGAUGGAAGAGAUAAAGGUGAAACAAGCCGAGGCGUUGACCAAGAGGCAAGAGGAGCGAAACAGAGCCUUUAUUCCUCCUAAGGAGAAACCUGUUAUGAGGAAGACCAACAAAGCUCCCUCAGAAGCCAAAAUCGACAUUGAGGCCAUCAAGGCUAAGGUAAGGAAAGCCAAGACCAAGAAGCUAGGAGCCCCCUCAGUUAACCCUGUCCCACAGACCACACCCGCCAGUGACAAGAAGAAGAAGAAGAAGGGCUAACCUUUGAAAGGCUUGGACAAUGGACGAUAUUUACUAUUACUGCAUUCAAAUGGGGCAUGCAGAUCACUGACGUAAAGGAUGUCAGGUUUGUCAGAACAUCGGUUUGGCUAAAUAUUUAUUUGUGAUAUUAAUAGAAUAUCCCCAAUUCCUCACAGAGAUGAACCUUCCUCAUAGUUUCGAUGAUUUAAAUGAAUAUUGAAUGCUUCUGUCAGCAGUAGAGGAGAGAGUAUAGAGUGAAGGUGUCACCCUAUAUGUGAGAUCCAAUGCUUCUGAGUGUUACCUAGUUCUUCUGUGACCGAGGCCCAUUCUUCAAUAUUGCUUAGCGACAGUUUCUAAGACGUGCACAGAAUGUGAUUCACCUGGUUUAUCCUAACGCCACAGAUUGUGAUUCACCUGGUUUAUCCUAACGCCACAGAAUGUGAUUCACCUGGUUUAUCCUAACGCCACAGAUUGUGAUUCACCUGGUUUAUCCUAACGCCACAGAUUGUGAUUCACCUGGUUUAUCCUAACGCCACAGAUUGUGAUUCACCUGGUUUAUCCUAAUGCCACAGAAUGGAUUCACCUGGUUUAUCCUAACGCCACAGAUUCCUCCUCUUGUCCUAUUCCUCAGAACAACUUGUACUGCUUUCAGCCAACACCUGUCCAUGUUAAUAUUUGCAGUAAACACUUUACUUUAAUGAAGCCUGCAAGUAUAAUGGCUUAUGAUUCAGUUAAUGCAUUUUAAGACUUGUAAUGUCUCAUAAUGAUCCUGACUAAAUACAUUUCGAGUCCGUUGAAAAUGUAUACUUAUGAAAAAUAACAUGCAUACCAUUAAAGACGUAUUAUAAAUCAUUAACAAAGUAUUAAGCUAUAUACCUGCAGGCUUUGAGAAAAGGUGUUGUGUUUAGGCAUUGACAUUUUAGUUCAUGAUUAAAUUAACAUUGUUGUGUGCAGCUACAGGCGUCAGGUGUAGCAGAAAUGGGCCUAGAGGACUGCUGAACAGUGAAACAGCCUUGUGAUGUUUAGGAGAACUGUUUUGUGUGGCAUUCUUUGUCAUUUGGUGCUGCUACUUCAAAAGACUCAAUAAAACAAGUAUAUGAUAAACUCUCA